UGUAUUUGGUAGCCACUUAAAAAGUUGGUGUAGGGAAAAAUCGAUGUACCCGGAAGUGUCAAGAUGGCCCCAAGUGGACUGAAAGCUGUCGUCAGCGAGAAGAUAAUAAGCGGAGUGGUUAAGAGUGUGAAGAAGGAUGGAGAGUGGAAGGUGCUUAUUGUGGACCACAUCAGUAUGCGGAUCCUCUCAUCCUGCUGUAAGAUGUCUGACAUCAUGGCACAGGGAGUCACCAUUGUUGAGGACAUCAACAAACGCAGAGAGCCUAUCCCCAGCCUUGAGGCUAUCUAUCUGAUUUCCCCGAGUAGAAAGUCCAUCCAGAACCUGCUGAAUGACUUCAAGGACUCUGCCUUCACGUACAAAGCCGCACACAUCUUCUUCACUGACACUUGUCCCAAUGAUCUGUUUGCUGAGCUUGGCCGGUCAAAGGUAGCACGAGUGAUCAAGACGCUGAAAGAAAUUAAUGUGGCUUUCUUGCCCUAUGAAUCACAGGUGUUUUCUCUGGAUGACAGCAGCUCCCUGCACUCAUUCUACGGCCCGUCGGACGAUAAGGAUAAGAAUAAAAUGAUGGAGGCUUUGGCCGAGCAGAUCGCCACCCUCUGCGACACACUGAAGGAGUACCCUGCCAUACGCUACCGCAAGGGCCCAGAUGAGAAUUUGGCCCUUGCUGAAAUGGUGCUGGACCGUCUGAACGCCCACAAAGCGGACAACCCCAGCAUGGGAGAGGGCACAGACAAAGCACGCUCGCAGCUCCUGAUCGUCGACCGCGGCUGCGACCCCGUCUCGCCCAUCCUGCACGAGCUCACCUUCCAGGCCAUGGUGUACGACCUGCUCGAGGUCCACCAGGACAUCUACAGGUACACCACUACUGGCAUCGGCGACUCGAAGGAGAAGGAGGUGCUGCUGGAUGAGGACGACGAGCUGUGGGUGCAGCUCAGGCACAUGCACAUCGCCGACGUCAGCAAGAAGGUGACAGAGCUGCUUCGCACGUUUUGUGAGAGUAAGAGGAUGAGCACAGACAAGGCCAACAUCAAAGACCUCUCUCAGAUGCUGAAAAAGAUGCCUCAGUACCAGAAGGAGCUUAGCAUGUAUUCCACUCAUCUGAACCUGGCUGACGCCUGCAUGAAGGUGUACAAGGCCAAGGUGGACAAACUGUGUGAGGUGGAACAGGAUCUGGCCAUGGGGAGCGAUAGUGAAGGAGAGCCUCUGAAAGACGCCAUGAAGUGCAUCGUCCCGCUGCUGCUGGACACCGACAUCAAGGCCUACGACAAGAUCAGGAUCAUUCUCCUCUACAUCUUCCACAAGAAGAAGGGCAUUGCCCAGGAGAACCUGACCAAGCUCAUCCAGCAUGCCAAUGUGCAGCAGGACAGCAGCAUCAUCCACAACCUGGAGCUUCUGGGCUGUCCCAUCAUCAGUGGGGGAAAAAAUGCUGAGAAGACUUUCCCUGAAAAGAAGGAGCGCACUGAGAGUACCUACCAGAUGUCCAGGUGGACACCCGUCCUCAGGGAUGUAAUGGAGAACGUGAUAGAAGACAAGCUGGACAGGAAGCAGUGGCCGUUCCUCUCCGACCCUGCCCCCAUCUCCACCCAGCAGACUGCAGUGAGCAGUGCACGGUUCGGACAGUGGCACAAGAACAAGUCGCCCACUGAGUACCGCAGCGGGCCUCGGCUCAUCAUCUUCGUCAUUGGCGGGGUGUCCCACUCUGAGAUGCGCUCUGCGUAUGAGGUUACACGGGCCACUGAUGGCAAAUGGGAAGUUCUGAUUGGCUCAUCUCAUAUCCUCACACCCACAAGCUUCCUGGAUGAUCUGAAGAAUCUGGAUAAGUCCUCCUAGAAUGCUUAGAGGAAUGUCUCUUAGAGGGCUUGGGUCAAAACACUGGGAAGACUUUCAUAGAGUAUGAAGGCCACUUUUGCUCUGAAGAAGAAAAUCUGUGAAACAGUUAACGUUUUAGAUGUAAUCAUGGAAAAUCACUGAUGAUUUAUGUUUCACCAUCUUUUAGAAUAUAUAUAUAUAUAUUUUUAAUACUUAAAGUAAAUGAAUGUAUAUUUCCUGAUCACUAAUUAUAUUUAACUUAAAAUUUACAUUCUGAAAAUGUGUUGGAGAUUGUUCUCUUGUAGUGAGUGAAUUUUUCCGAUCUGCCUUUUUAAUUUCUGUGUUUGUCUGUCCUGCUAAUCGUUGCCUUUUGAAGGACUGCUCGUCUCACAUCAGUGAUUCGCACAUAAAAAAAACAAAACAAAAAAGUAACGAUUGUUUUGGCAAAUAAUAUUUUUGCACCUGAUAUGAAGAUUUGCCCAUGUCGCCUCCUCUACAUGCUGAAGACCUGAGACUCUAAUAGUGAACUGUCUGGUCAUGAACUCCCUGGUAUUCGCACAUGUGCCUUCAGGCCAUCAAAGAGGGGAUUUGUGUGUGCCGUUUUUGAAAGUGAAAGUGGGGUUUUUCUUUUCCAGCCAAUCAGCAGUCUUUUUGGGGAGUACCUGUGUGAUUGUUUUCAUCUCUAUUUGUUAGUCCUCUACUGGAUGUUCCCUCCUGAACUAGUGCACUUUUUUAUUGUUACAUUUUAUUACUGGUAGGGUGAAGUUUCUCCACUUGGAGGACAUGGUUUCCUUAUUGCCUUUGUAUUAAAAAGAAAUAAACUUCAUGCAAAUCCUGA